AUGCGGGUAUUAGGGUUCUGGUUGGUUGUGUUAUGUGUAUGGGGGCGACGAUUGUCAGGUAGCUUCAGUGUUAGUCCGACGGAGAAGGAUUCGCGUGUGCAAUAUUUGGGCAAGUUUGCCUGUAACAUUGGUGAGUGCAAGUACCAUGUACGGGCGGGAUUGAAGAGUCCAUGGCGUGUAUUACAGAAGGCAGCACGAAGUAUGACGUCGGCGCAGGUGAUGGAUACAUUGAGCCGGACGAACUCGACGGCUCGAGUAGUGGUGCGUGUGGUACUAGAUGAGGAGUGGGAGACGAGUCAUCGUAUGAGCGCAUGUCGACGGGCGGAAUUAGGUCGAGGCAGGACAACGUUGACGGUACCAUUGGACGGUUCAUUGGGUCCAUGGUCCACAAAUUCAUUCCGACAAAGUCAUCGGCCUCACUUUUGGUACUUUUUUGCUGAAGACUGUCGCAAUUCAAUUACGUCUCAAUUAGCCAAAUUGGGUGGUGUAAGUGCACAGGACUUCGCAGCCUAUGAUAUUAAUUACGAAUUGGAGAUGCUACAGGUCGAUGGUGGACAUCUUAGUUUCGAGUAUUCGGGAAUGCUCAAAUGGUCGGUCGUGCAGCUCUUUGUCUAUUCUGGACUUGUCGCUUGGAUGUUCUGGAAACAAAUGAAACAAAUGAAACACCAGCGUUUCCAGUUGCAUCUGAUGACUCAGAUACUCAACGUCUCCUGUCUUUCUACACUUGCCGCAAGUGUACUGAACAUACUCAAUCUUGUCAAGGUCAACUCCACAGGCUCUACAUUCCCGCUUCUCGAAGGACUCGCCGACGCUGCUCACACACUCGCUCACAUCGCUGUCUCUAGUUGCCUCAUCCUCGUCGCCCUCGGAGUCACUCUCAACGCGCCUCAACGCCUGCCCGGCGCCGUUCUCAAGCUCCUCGCAGCACUUAUUGCUGCAGCACAUAUCGUCGUUGUCCUAGUCGACAAAUACACUUCAGACUCUCGCUACAAAUACUACGGCUCAGAAGGACCCGUCGGAUGGGUACUCGUAGGCUUCCGACUCGCCCUCUGGGCUAUCUUCCUAUUAUGCUGGCAACAGACCAGAGCUGACCCCCGAACACCCUCCAGCACCGAACGCUUCCUACGCAGGAUCGUGCUACCCGCUUCCGCCUACUUCCUCACCUUCCCAGCCAUCAUCGCUCUCACACCCCUGGUUCGACCCUACCUCAGACACGCCUUCAUCUACCACUCCACCUUCCUCGUCCAAACCGUCGCCAUUAUUUGGCUCAGCGAACUCUUCCUCAGCAAAGGAGAGUACUUCCAAGUCUCACAAAUGUCACAAUCUUUCCUACCCGUAACGACCCCCCCCUCCCCCCAUCCCGCUCAAACGCCCC